AUGGUGAAAAAGAAAAUUGAUAAUCGCUUACGUAUAUUAAUUGAAAAUGGAUUGAAACAAUUCCAUCGUUCAUUAAUUGUCGUUGUUGGAGAUAAAGGUCGUGAUCAGGUUGUUAUUCUUCAUCAUAUGCUUUCGAAAGCGCAAGUUAAAGCACGUCCAACUGUCUUAUGGUGUUACAAAAAAGAACUUGAUUUUUCAACUCAUCGUAAAAAACGUAUGAAACAAAUGAAAAAACGACAAGCAACAACUGGAUCAACGAGCGGCGGUGGUGGUGGUGAUGAUGAUAAUCCAUUUGAAGUUUUUCUUUCUUCAACACAAAUUCAUUAUACAUUCUAUUCUGAUACACCAAAAAUUCUUGGUCGAACAUUUGGAAUGUGUGUUUUACAAGAUUUCGAAGCAUUAACACCAAAUUUAUUAGCACGAACAGUUGAAACAGUUGAAGGUGGUGGUUUAGUUGUUUUACUUCUUCAAACAAUGCGUUCACUUAAACAAUUAUAUACAUUAACAAUGGAUAUUCAUGCACGUUAUCGUACAGAAUUACAUCGACAAACAGAACCACGUUUUAAUGAACGUUUUAUAUUAACUAAAACAGAAGAAAAUAGUUUAACACGUGAACAAAUUGAAUUAAAAGAAUUAUGUUUUUCAUUAAAAGAUACACAACCAAUUGGACAUUUAAUUGACUGUUGUAAAACAUUAGAUCAAGGAAAAGUUUUAUUAAAAUUACUUGAUUCAAUUACUGAUAAAGCAUUUCGACAUACAUGUUCUAUAACUGCUCCACGUGGACGAGGAAAAUCUGCUUCACUUGGUUUAGCUAUUGCCGGAGCGAUUGCAUUUGGAUAUUCGAAUAUUUAUGUUACUUCACCAGCACCAGAGAAUUUAAAAAUUUUAUUUGAAUUUAUUUUAAAAGGUUUUAAUGCACUUGAUUAUCAAGAUCAUAUUGAUUAUGAUAUUCAAUAUUCAUCCAAUGAUCAUAAAGAAAAAAUUAUCAUUCAAUUAACAAUUCAUCGACCUAAACAACAUCGACAAAUUAUUCAAUAUAUUCAACCACAUGAAUCAUCACGUCUUAGUCAAUGUGAAUUAUUGAUAAUUGAUGAAGCAGCAGCAAUACCUCUUCCACUUGUUAAACAAUUUUUAACUGGUGCAAAUUAUUUAGUAUUUCUUUCAUCAACUAUUAAUGGAUAUGAAGGUACUGGACGAUCACUUUCAUUAAAACUUCUUGAACAAUUACGACAACAAAGUGCGAUUUUAACAACUGCAACAAAAUCAACAACAAAUAAUCGUACAUUAAGUGAAUUGGAAUUAAAUGAACCUAUUCGAUAUGGUAUUGAUGAUCCUAUUGAAUUCUGGCUUAAUAAUCUUCUUUGUCUUGAUUGUUGUCAAGAUCCAUCAAAAUCACAUAAAGCAAGUCGUGGUUCAUGUCCAUCACUUGAUUCUUGUUCACUUUAUUGUAUUGAACGUGAUACAUUAUUUUCUUAUAAUGAAUCAUCGGAAUUAUUUUUACGUCGUUUAAUGUAUUUGUUUGUUUCAUCACAUUAUAAAAAUUCACCAAAUGAUCUUCAAAUGUUAUCGGAUGCUCCAGGUCAUGAUAUUUAUUGUUUACUUGGUCCAAUUGUUGAUUCAAAUCAAUUACCUGAAAUUUUAUGUGCUAUUCAAGUUUGUUAUGAAGGUGAUUUAUCAAAAGAAACUGUUGCACGUCAAUUAACACAUGGUCAACGAAAUUCAGGUGAUCUUAUUCCAUGGACUAUUGCACAAACUUAUCAAGAUUAUACAUUUGGAAAAAUGUCUGGUGUAAGAAUUAUUCGUUUAGCAACACAUCCUGAUUAUCAACGAAUGGGUUAUGGAACAAGAGCAAUACAAUUAUUAGAAAAAUAUUUUCAAGGACGUAUUAUUAAUCUCGAUGAAUUUGAUAAACAAAAGUCACCAUCAUCACCAACAGCUGAUCAAGUUGAAAUAAUCGACGAUGAUGAUUUACCAUUACUUAAAGAAGAACUUCGACCUCGACAAGGUCUUCCACCAUUAUUACAAAAACUAAGUGAACGUCGUUUAACACAUGCCAUUGAUUAUCUCGGUGUAUCCUAUGGUCUUUCAUCAGAUUUAUUAAAAUUUUGGAAGAAAAAUCAAUUUUUACCCAUAUAUUUACGUCAAACAGCAUCUGAUCUUACAGGUGAAUAUUCCUGUAUAAUGCUUAAAACAAUUCAUGCAGCUGAUCAAGCACCAUGGUUAUUUUCAUAUUAUCAAGAUUUUCGUCGUCGUAUAAUUUCAUUAUUUGGUUAUCAAUUUCGAAUGUUUACACCAGGCAUGGUACUUAAUUUAAUUCAACAAGGUGUUUUUCCUGAAAUAAAAGAACAAUUUACUGCUUCAUUAAUUGAACAAAAUUUUACUGAUUAUGAUCUUCGUCGUUUAGAAUCUUAUACACGAAAUUUAGUUGAUUAUCAUUUAAUACUUGAUCUUAUACCAACUCUUGCUCGAUUAUUUUAUUUAAAUCGUCUACCUAUACAAUUAACUGUUAUUCAAAUGGCAUUAAUUGCUGGUAUUGGUCUUCAAUAUAAAACAAUCGAACAACUUGAAAAAGAACUUAAUCUACCACAAUCACAAUUAUUAGCUCUAUUCAAUAAACUCAUUAAGAAAAUUAUUGAUUUAAUAAAUUCAACACAAGAAACUGAAAUAGGAAAAACAUUUGUUAAUUCAUUAGAUGCAGUUAAUAUGCAACCAUUAGAUAAAUCACUUCGACAAGAAUUGAAUGAACUUGGUGCAACAAUUCGUAAUCAACAAUCCGAAGAAAUUGAUCGAAUAAUGCAUGAUAGACAAUUAUCCAAAUAUGCAGUCAAUGGUAGUGAAGAAAUGUGGAAAGAAGAAUUAAAAAGUAUAAAUGAUCCUGGUAUUAUUUCUAUACCAAGAACAUUGAAUAAACGAAAAGAUGUAGAAAUCGAAAGUCAUUUUGAUGUUACAAAAAAGAAGCCAAAAAAGAAAAAAAAUAAAUUUUAA